AUGUUUAAAAGAAAGGACAUCAAAACUUCAGACGUUCUGGAUUGUCCUUAUGAAAAUUUAAGAAGAGGAUUUGCAGAGUCUGCAUGCGCCGUAGGCGCAUUUAAAACAAGCUCAGGGACAAAUACUGCUCAUAUUUUAUAUUUUCAGCCUUUAAUUAUAGGCACAGUCACUACAGAAGAAACAGGAAAUUUUUACCCAGAAUCUCCAGGAUUUUAUGGGAAAUUUACAUCUUGUAAAUCCAUUGCAAAAUCCUCAAAUAAUUACACACUAAUGCAAUGUGAUAAAAUUGAUGGGGAUGCAUUAAGACUUAAAGCAGCCUAUCCCAAAAUUUACUCCAAAGAUGAGGAUAAAUAUUUUUUAGGAUAUUCAAAUGAAAACCAACAAAAGAUCCUGACAAAAAACCCUGACUCCCCCCCCCUUUAAAUUGAAACAAAAUAUAGGGUAAAAUUCCUACUUUUUUGGGAAAUUACCCCCCCUUUAAAUUGAAACAAAAAAUUUUUUAUUAUAAUAGAAAAUUUUAUAGGUAAAAAUCAUUAUUUUAUAUGUAAAUACGUUAAUACCCUAUUUAAUAUGCUUCAAACAUAUAAGAUUUAGAAAUUAAACUCUAUUUUGUCCAAUUGUUAUGGGGAGAGUUAGAAGAAUACCAUUUCAGCAAGUUUACACUUUGAGAUUGAGAAAUUUAUGAAUUAAUUUUUCAUGAAAUUAUAAAAUUUUAUCUCUGAAAAAAUUUUUAUAUAUAAAUUUUUUUUUUAUAAAAAAAUUUUCUUAACCCCCCUUUAAAUUGAAACAAAAUUUUUUGUUUCAAUUUAAAGGGGGGGGGAGUGAGGAAAUUAGCAUGAAAGGAGCUAUUUUGACUGAUAUAGGCACUGAUAAAAUUUUUGGGGUCGUAGGAGAAAAUGGGGUAAUUGAUGUUGACGAAUUCUAUGAAAUUUAUGAUAAUUAUAUAUAUCCAAGGGCUCAAAUUUACAAUACAACUAUUUCAAAACAUUAUUUUACUUAUUUUAGGGAAUAUGAAGUAAAACAUGAACUUUCUCAUAAAGGAAGGGAGGGGAAUAGGCCAAGGUUCAUAGACAUGUCUCUUAGACGUGAAAAAUACAAAAAAAUGGUCAAAGAUUUCAUAAAAAAAUAUAUCUACAACUACGAUGGCUAA